AUGGUGUCCUCACACAAUGCAGGCGCGGGAUCGAGCGCAUACAGCCCAGCAGGAGGGGCAAGAGAUCAGGAGGUGCACAUCGUGCUACCUCGAGCACUCCACAAGUUGCCCGUCGCCCUACAAUACCUUCUGACUCGGAUAUUGGCAGCCGCAACGCGACUCGAAACGUCCACAUCCAUUCCCCUCACCAUUUCUCGUCUACGAGCCUGGAAGGCUACACGAGGGGAGCGGAUCAAGUACAGCUUCUUGACAGGCUUGGCGCUGGGAAGUCUGUACAUCAUGAAAGUCCCUUCUAUGCCUCUGAAACUCUUCCUUCCAGCCAGCUACAUCCUCGCGCUUCUGCUUCCAAUCUCUUCUCAGUUCAUCCUACCCGCGACACCCAUCCUCGCUUGGCUGCUCUUCUACUAUUCCUCUCAAUUCUUGGAUCCGGCUUCGAGACCCCACAUUUGGGUGUCCGUCUUGCCCACGCUCGAGACCAUCUGGUACGGCGCCUCAAUUUCAGACAUAUUGACCAGGUUUGGUCAUCCAGCCCUCGACAUUUUGGCUUGGCUGCCCUAUGGUGUCAUACACUUUGUGGCACCCUUUGUGGUCGCUGCGCUCCUUUUCGUUUUUGCACCACCGACGGCUACCAAAGUGUUCGGAAACGCUUUUGGAUUUUUGAAUCUGCUGGGUGUGCUCGUUCAAGUGGGAUUCCCGUGUGCUCCUCCCUGUAUGUCAUACGAGGCUGAAGACGAUUGCAAUAGGAGAAGGGGGAGCUGUCAAGCGGCCGGGGGCACAGAAAGCAAUGGCUGCACGUCCUUCUCAGCACUGACGUGUCUCCUUACUUCCAUCCCGCUCAUGCUGCAGGGUACGAGCUGAGGGAAGGCCUAACACCGGCCAACUAUGGCAUGAAAGGGUCUCCAGCCGGUCUAGCCCGCAUCGACGAGCUAUUCGGAGGGCAUGGCUACACCCUGACUUUUACCAACGCGCCUGUUCCAUUUGGUGCUUUCCCUUCACUACAUGCUGGCUGCGCAACCAUGGAAGCCCUCUUCCUCAGCUACUUCUUCCCUGUGCAGCUCGAACUUCCAAUCCCUGGAACUGGAAUACGGAGCGCAAGGAAGGUUCUCAGACUCGAUGCUAGGAUCGUCUACUGGAGCUACGCUGCUUGGCUCUAUUGGUGCACCAUGUACCUCAUGCAUCAUUACCUUGUCGAUCUCGUUGGCGGAGGCUGCCUGGCCACAGCUUGUUUUUACUGUGAGUCUGUGCACACAAGCGCAACGCGGGUCGAGGAUGUCUAUCCAUCGCGCGUGAUAUAGCUCCUCUGACCACUUUCUCUCCUUCAUCUAACAGUCUUCCUCACGCCCGAGAUGAGGUUCGCCAUGGAGGCCAAUUUCAGCGGUGCGCGACCUUCCGCAGCUGUCUCGACAUCCACAGCUCUUCCAGCGGCCACGAUUCCAGAUGAUGGCUUCGGUAUGAGACCAAGCAUUGAAGUCGCACGCGCCAGGCCGAGCUUCGACAAAUGGAGGGAAAGUGAGGAGCAGAAUCUGGCUGGGCAGAAUUCAAGAGGCGGUCAUGCCAGAAAAGCUGAAAAUGGCAUCACAGACGCUGUGGAACUGAGCAAUCUCCACAGUGAGAGGGAGAGGAAACAAGGCGGCAGCUUCAACGCGAAAGGAAAGGAGAACGUACUCUUUGAAGCAGCUCAUGAGGAGAACCGCAGCGUGGGAGCAUCCAGGCGGCGCAACGACGACAAUGACGAUGAUGAUUGGGGACACGAGCUGGAUGAUGAUGAACCGUCACAAGCACCGAGUGGUCGGUGA